CUCUCUCUCUCCCCCCCACCCCCUUCCCUUCCCUUCCUUUCGCAGCUCGCGUUCGCUUCCGCUUCCUGCUCCCCCACCUCCCUCUCUCGUAGGAGGCGCCGAGUGGAGUCGCUCGCGGGAGUGCGGGAGCCUAGCUCGUCUCGGCAGCGCCAUCUCGGCGCCUGAGUGCGGGAGGCUCGGCUGGGUCGCGCGCUGCCGCGGAGGAUUGAGGCCCCGGAUCGGCGGGGUUCUGCCGCGGGCUCGCUCGGAUCGACCAGGCGCCGGGGCGGAAUUCCGGUCGCGGUUGCCUCGUUCCGCGACGGAGGCGGUGCUGGGGGAGCUGGUGACCGGUGCCCGGCGGCUAAUCCGCGCCUCCUGAGUUCCCUUCUGGUGGCCGGCCGUGCUGCAAUUCGCGCCGCUGCUCGCUCGCUCGGUCCCAGUGGAUUUGGAAGACAGAGGGAGCGGGUGCUGCCUCAGCCUCGCUCGUUUUUUUUCCACCACUGGUGCGGCGGCUGCAACCCCGCGGUAGAUUUGCCGCGCCGCGAGCCGCGGCGGCGGAUGCUUCGGCGCGCGGCGGAUCUCGAGCGCUCCCGCUGCGCGGCGUGAGAGGUGCGGUCUCCCCGGCCUGGAUUCUCGGAGGAUGAUUCCGUCGGGGCAGCCCAACCCGAUGGGCCAGGGACAGCAGGUGAGCGCCUCGCUGCUGCGGACGAGCUCCAGCCUCCUCGGUGCCGGCGCCGGCGGUGGCGGCCAGCCGGGGAUGGGGAUGGGCGGCGGCGGCGGGGUGCUCCCGUCCCAGUCGCCCUUCGCGUCCCUCGUCUCGCCGCGCACGCAGUACGGCGCCGCCGGGGGCGGGUUGCUCGCGGGCGCGUCCAAUGUCGCGUCGCUGCUCAGCCGGCAGCAGUCCUAUGGGAAUGGGGGGACUGGGGCAAUGCCUGGCCGCCUUUCGAUGGGUGGCCUGCAGCAGCAGCAGCAGCACCGAGGAGGAGGGCUCGAUGGUGUUGGUGAUUUGGUUGGCGCUGGAGGGCCAGAUUCCAUGGCGUUCCCGUCCUCCUCCCAAGGCAGUUUGGGAAGUCAGCUUGGCGGCGAUAACUUGCAGCAGCACCAGCAGCAGAUGGACGCUGCACAAGAUUCACAGAAUCAGCAACAGCAGCAGCACCAGCAGCAACAGCAAAUGUCGAUGCCCUACAACCAGCAGCACAUGUUGCCACAAACACAGCAGCAGCCACAGCCUCCGGUGAAGAUGGAGAAUGGUGGCGUCUUGGGCGGGGUCAAAUUAGAGCAGCAGCAGAUGGGGCAGCCUGAUCAGAAUGGUCCUGCGCAGAUGCUGCGCAGUUCCAGUGGUGGCGUGAAGCUUGAGCCGCAGCUGCAAUUGAGGGGCUUGGGUGCUGUCAAGAUGGAGCACCAAAGCUCGGACCCAUCGGUGUUCCUGCAGCAACAGCAGCAGCAGCAGCAGCAACAUAUGUUGCAGCUGUCUAAGCAGAACCCUCAGGUUGCAGCUGCUCAGUUGAGCCUCUUACAGCAGCAGCAGCGGUUCCUGCAUCUGCAGCAGCAGCAGCAGCAACAACAGCAGCAGCAGAUUCUCAAGAAUUUGCCUUUGCAGAGAAACCAAUUGCAGCAGCAGCAGCAACAGCAGCAACAACAACAUCAGCAGUUGCUUCGUCAACAAAGUCUAAAUAUGAGAACUGGUAAAACACCAGCUUAUGAACCAGGAACCUGUGCAAAGAGAUUGACACACUACAUGUAUCACCAGCAAAACAGGCCACAGGACAAUAACAUUGAAUACUGGAGAAACUUUGUCAAUGAAUAUUUUGCCCCUAGUGCCAAGAAGAGGUGGUGUGUUUCUCUGUACGGAAAUGGUCGCCAAACUACUGGAGUUUUCCCUCAGGAUGUUUGGCAUUGUGAGAUAUGCAAUAGGAAGCCAGGACGGGGCUUUGAAACUACGGUUGAGGUCUUGCCACGGCUAUGUCAAAUCAAAUAUGCCAGUGGUACACUUGAGGAGCUUCUGUAUGUUGACAUGCCGCGGGAGUCCCAGAAUUCAUCUGGACAGAUUGUUUUGGAUUAUACCAAGGCAAUCCAGGAGAGUGUCUUUGAGCAAUUACGUGUAGUUCGUGAGGGGCAUUUAAGAAUUGUAUUCAACCAAGACCUCAAGAUUGCUUCGUGGGAGUUUUGUGCCAGGCGUCAUGAGGAACUUAUUCCUAGAAGAUCAAUCAUACCACAGGUCAGUCAACUUGGUGCUGUAGUGCAAAAGUAUCAGUCAUCCGUUCAAAAUUCAGCAUCACUCUCAAAUCAGGACAUGCAGAACAAUUGUAACUCGUUUGUUGCAUGUGCUCGCCAGUUGGCUAAGGCACUUGAAGUGCCGUUGGUGAAUGAUUUAGGAUACACAAAAAGAUAUGUCCGCUGCCUCCAGAUUGCAGAGGUCGUCAAUUGUAUGAAAGACUUAAUUGAUUACAGCAGGCAGACUGGGUCUGGUCCAAUAGAUAGCUUGCAUAAAUUCCCUAGAAGGGGGGCUCCAGCGAUUAGUUCCCUUCAACCACCGCAGCAACCUGAGGAGCAACAACCUGUUCCUCAGAAUUCAAACCAAAGUGGUCAAAACUCUGCUCCUGCAACUGGAAUGCAGGUUUCUGCCUCUGGCAAUGGUGAUGCCACAUCAAACAAUUCACUCAAUUGUGCACCAUCUACUUCCGCACCAUCUUCUUCUUCUGUUGUUGGUCUCCUCCAAGGCUCAAUAAAUUGCAGACAAGAUCAUCCAACAAGCAGUGGCAAUGGUCUGUAUAAUGGUGGAAGCAAUGCUUCAGUUGCUAAGGCGAACUCGACAAAUUCUAUGCAAUCAAAUCCACAAGCAUCUUUUCCUUCACCAGCACCCUCAGCAUCAAAUGGCAACAUGAUGCCUGCUCCUCAGCAUUCAAACCAGAUGAACUCGCCGACCAUGUCAUCAAACCUACCUCCUAUGCAAACACCUACAAGUCGACCUCAGGAACCUGAAUCAAAUGAGUCGCAGAGCUCAGUCCAGAGGAUAUUGCAAGAGAUGAUGAUGCAAUCUCAAAUGAAUGGUGUUGGACCGGUGGGAGGUGAUAUGAAGAGAGCGAACACAAUUACUCCCGGUCUUAACGGGGUUAACUCUUUUGUUGGUACCCCCAUGACAAAUAACCCUGGAAUGAAUGGAAUGGGAUUUGGGGCUAUGGGAGGCAUCAGUCAAUCAAUGAGAACAGCAAUGGGGAAUAAUGCGAUGGCGAUGAAUGGAAGAACUGGGAUGAACCACAGUGCGCAUGACCUGACGCAGCUGAGCCACCAGCAGCAACAGCGUGAUAUAGGGAACCAACUACUUGGGGGCCUCAGAGCUGCAAAUAGCUUCAAUAACCUUCAAUAUGACUGGAAGUCGUCCCAAUAGAGUGAGCUGGAGUUAAAAGGCUCGCAUCUGAUAUGAUACAGUUAUCCUCACUGGGUUCGUCACUGACAACAGAAAAGUUACAUUGCCAUGAUCCGCCCUCCCUCGGAAGCGGCGGGUGCUUUACUGAUGGUGCAUGCUACAUGUUACAGCCAAAGGAAACAUUAGCGAUGAUGGGUACAUGUUACAACAACUGUCUGUAUGGCUGUGUUCCUUUGUAUUUCGCCUGUGGAAUUUCGCGUCUGCUUAGGCGAUCGUACCGUAAAAAUGAGAGCCUGCCUUCACUCGCCCUUCUCGGGGCGAGUGGUUGGCGCAUCCCAAACUGGGUGGAAGAUGACAGCGUCUUUCCCCUGUUUUUUCGGGUUGGAUGACAUGAGUUUUCUCUUCCAGUCUGUACUCUCGUGUACCAUGGCUCCUCGGAAGUUGUGAAAGCAUGUGUACCGUGCCGCCUUUGGCGGCCAGGAAUCUCAUUGUAGCUGUGCUGUACUAUGUAUAAUCGGUUAUUUACUAGUGGAAAGCAUCAGAAAAAUUUUCUGACGGUAUUUGAA